CCAUAAGCUAUCAGCUGUUUUUACUUGCACAACAAAUCUGUUGAAAUAUUUUUCCAGCAUUUUUACCGAAAUUCCCUGAAAUAAAAUGCGGCUGACAAACGUUUUAUUCAAGAAAGUGAAGAGCAAGCGUAUAAUGGUUGUGCUGGAAAGUGUGGUCAGCGGCCAUCAGUACAAUGCCUUCCGAGAUCGUUUGGCCGAAAAACUAGAGAUAAUACGCUUUGAUCCUUACAUUCAACAGGAAAGCCUUUACCGCGAACGCAAGAAAAUCCGCAGCGCCUAACGAAAAAAUACUCCGCUUUACCAGUAACUUAUGUUAGUGCAAAUAGAAGUUAUAAAAGUUGUGUAAUAAAUUCUCUAUAUUGACCUUUA